UGAUAAUGACAUCAUUCAAGAAUUUCGAAAAAUUAGAAGAAGUACUGCAAUUGUUUUUGUUACCCAAUUAUAAUAUUGUCUCAACAACUUAUCUUGAUUUAUUAUUGACACAAAUUGCUGAUGACAAAACAGAACUAAGACAAAAUCAUCGACAAUUGUUCUUGUCAUGGAUUCCAAAAGCCCUGGACACUUGGAGUUCGGAUGAAAAGCCCUGCCAAGCUGUUGUUUCAUUCACAAUAAAACUCGUGGGUCUAAUAGCUCAAGAUGAAGAGGACUUUAAAAUCUGGUAUCGCGACGAUGUUUACAACAAACUUUGCACUGCAUUCCGUUUACGAGAAACUGAUUUAUCAGCGUCUAUUAAAAUGGCAUAUACAUCGAUGCUCUGCAAUUUAAUUCAACAUCAAAGUGGUAGACAAUGGGUGAAUGAAUCAGGUGUUUGGCGAGAUAUGAUAAGCUUUGCGCAUCUAAAUCACACGCUUUAUGUAACAAGAGAGAGUCAAAAAUUUGUCUGGACACUAUUACUUUAUGAAUCGAGGAAUACAGAAUUUUGCAAAGAUAUUAUAAUAGCUGCUGUCUCGCCAAUGACUCAGAAUACAUGCAGUGUACAAACUCAUAUGGUUUUGGAGGAGAAUUACAUGAAUGAUAAUGCUCUAUUGUGCACGACUUUAGAUCUUUUGACGAGCAUUCUUGAAAAUACACUUUUCCACAGUUUGGAUAAUACUAUUCCUUCGUUGAUUGAGGAAUUUGCUAAUUUAGAAACUAGAUUGAGAGCUCUUUUUGAAGCUUGUAUUAGUACUCGUUUUUUGCAGCAUAUACUCAAAUUAUUGCUUUUGUCGUUGUUUAAAAGAUUGAAGGAUGGAAUCAAGAGUCCUGAUGAGAAGGUCGAUCCGGAAGCUAGUGAGAAAUUUCGUCUUGGUCUUUGCUAUAUGAGCUCUUUGCUUCUGUCGAAAAAGUACGUUCUUGAUAUCGUCAGAAUGAAUAAAUACUCUUUUAUAUAUUGGAAGAAAUUGCAGAGUAUUUGUAACUUUUCUUUAGGAUUGCCGCAUAAAUUUGAACAUCAAGUUAUCUGUCUAAUGGUAAUGCCAUUGACCUCGACUUACGGAACAAAACGUACAAUGCACGACUUUUUCGAAAUAUUUAUCAACAAAAUGUUCGAAAUCACGUGCACUGCUAUUCAAAGAAUAUGUUACAAUAUCAGAGAUGUGAUAUUAAAAACAGAUCUUCCUCUGGAACUGAUUUGCAAGUCGUCAAUUGAAAUGCUAAUGGAGAUUAUCAACAUUAUGGACAGGGACGUGGCAAUAAUUAUUUUUCAAACAAUGUGUUACAUGUUGAAAAAUUAUACUCCAGAAGUUGAACAUUCGCUAGAUGGAUGUGGCAAGUCUCAAGCGGAGCGUCAGAAAAAAUCUUCCAUUAAAACAUUGCUUGAUGGAGAACCAAUAAUCGAGAGACCAGUUCUACUUGCGGCACUUCUCGAUGGUCUCAUAACUAUGACGGAGAAAUUUAAAUUAAAGUGGCAAGAAUGUGUUGAGACAAUUUGUAUCUUGUCACUCGCUCAGCAAAUUCUCGAUCAUUCUGGAGUUUCACCAACGAUUUGCGUGAAAGCAUUGAAACUUUGUAAAUUAGCAAUUCAAAAUUUUAUGCCACCACAUUUGGCACUCCUCGUUGAUUCUGACAGUCAUAUGAAUUAUGUUGGACCGACGUUAUUCAAAAGGCUUCAUAAUCCGAAUUGGGAAGUCGUCGACAGUGUAUUUGAGGUUUUAAAUACCAUGGCCACAAUUUCUGAAGAUAAAUAUCCAGCAUUUCAGGAAUUUCUCCUGAAUCAUCAAUUUCUGCAAGUUGCCAGUUCUGUUGCCAUGAGCGAUAGCGAAAGUUAUGUAAGAGCUUCAGCGCUGAUUUUUCUGGCGACAACGGUCAGAAUAGAAAAACUCUGGACCACUACAUUGUCUGAACUUGAGUUACCUGAGAAGGCAAUUCUUUUAAUUAAUCAAGAGAGUGAGGCAAUUGUACGAAGAGAGGCCGUGUCCCUUCUUACGGAAUUAUAUAUUCAUCGUCAAUGGCAAAAAGCAAGUAUAGACGUUAUGGUACAAGCGAUGGCAACAGCGGCUGUUUUAGAUUUACACUGGGAAGUAAAAGUCAAUGCACUUCAAUUUUGGAGACACUUUAUAAAAUCGCAUCUUACUGAUCAGGGAAUGCUUGACGGAUCUUUUCCCAAUGUGACUUUUUCAAAAGAGCACAGAAAAAUCGUGCAACUUAAUGAGACUGAAAUAAAACGAAGAGUUAAUAAAGCUCUCGAUGAUUUGUCAAAACAAAAAUGCCUCGGGGUAAUUUUGCAAACCCUGAAGGACGACAGCGAUUUUGAAGUGUGUAAAGCAUCGGCGAAAAUAAUAAGUAGACUCAAGGCUUUUUUGGUGAAAUAUAAAAUUAACGAACCAUUUCCAGUGGUCGUGUCUCCAAAGGACAGUGCAAUUUUAGACACAACUUAUGUGAGGCCAGUGAAUCUUGAUAAUUGCAAUACAGAAAAAACAAAAAAUGAUUCUUCCAAUGUAAUUGAUGAUAUUGUCAGCAAAAACGAUACCAGUUUAUUGUCAGCAAUUUACGAGAAUUCGAUGAAAAUGGAUGACGAACAAAACGAUGAGGAUGAGAAACAAACACUAAAAAGUAUAGCUAAUGUAACGAGACAAGAUUUUUUGAAAGUUAUUUUAGAAACUGAUAUCGAUGCCUACAUCGAGGAGAAGAGUUCUUGGCUUACAACUUAUACAAAUAGUUUUGAUUCCGUUCUCGAUGAUAUUUUAACACUCUACCAACACAAUGAUAUAAAUUCAAUGGACUGUUACUAAUACUUUUUUUAAGCAAACAUACUCUUUAUGUGCCUUUUACAAUUUACCAAUAAUGCACUCAUUUGUACCUAGAAUUGUGUUUCUCUUUAAAAAUGAAUUAUACCAUUAUUUUUUUAA